CUUUCCAACGCCUGUCCUUGCCUGACAUCAGCCAAAUAUAUGUCCUUGUCACCUUCAUGGGGGCUGUGCAUUCGACGAUUCAUACGGACAUCUACCGACAACUGCGGGGUUGGGCCAGGGAGAUCCCGACCAUGUGGACGGAGUUGUUGGCACGACCAGGCGAUAGGGUCUUGGUAGACGAUUUGCCCCUCCACAUCCUGUUGCGGUGUGUCGGAAAGCCGGGGACGGACGUGCUCACUCGCACGCUUGCGCCGUAUCUCCUAUGGUCCACAUGCACGAAGCUGGACGAAGAUAACUGCCUUUAUCCGUCCCAGAGCCACUAUCUCGUGAUCGACGUCGCCGAUCUUACAUUGUGGGACCCUUUUGUCCAGCGGGGAAACGCGCAAGGAACCGUGGAAGAGGAAGAAGAAGAGGAAGAAGAAGAGGAAGAAGAAGAGUCGGACGCUGAGUCGGACGAUCCUGAUUACCUCGGGACGGAAGACGUUGACUUGGAGGAAGGAGAGGAGGGAUCAGGCAGGUCGGGUGGUCCAACCGGGCGAGGCGAAGAAACGGACGAGGCCGCGAAGCAGAGAAGGCGAGAGAAGGCAGAGGGUAAGCAGCCGAUAAGAGAACGGGAAAGGCUGCUGUCGCGACUACUGCAGGACGACCUGACGCGAAAUCCAGAGCCGCCACGGGAGCAGAGUGAGAGAGAUAAAGUCGUCGCCGCCGAGGGAUCGGGUAGCAGACGCUGUCGAAGAAGUGAAUUGCCGUCUCAAUCCUCUUCACCUCCACGGACCGCCGUUCGCCCUCGUCAAAAUGAGGGCCAUCGGGCUUCGUCCCCGGUCAUUGUCCCGUCGUCCCGAUGAUUUCCUCACCCUUUACCUGCUUCUGGGCCGACCCCCGUUCCCUGACUGAUGGCACCCUUUCCCGCCCUCCCUCUUCCAUCAACUCUAUUCCACCCGCCUCCUAAUCACCGUUAUUUCGGACGCCACCACUCGCCCCCUUGCAACUUCCUUCCUUCUUCACGUCCUUCUCUUCAGCGCGGCCUGGCGGGAAUAUAAUAAAAUAGAGGUCUAUUGCAUCAUCUCGGGCACGAUCCCCGCUUGCGAAGAUUACAAACAUUUCCGCGCCGCUAUCCCCCGCACCCUCUGCACUCUCUACCCUGACUACCUUGCGUCCCUCCCUCAUCAGCGUCAGCACCCACGCUUCCCUCGCAUCCAUCCCACCGUCCAUUACACCCGGAUCCCCACCAACGA